AUGUUUUGCAGACUGCACCUUGUGCUGCUGGCUGCCUUGCUGGCUGGCCUCCUGCUGUCCGGGGCAAGCGUAUUCAUUAACCGGGAGCACGCCAACACUGUCCUGCAGAGGGUCAGGAGGGCCAAUUCAUUUCUCGAAGAGGUGAAAAAAGGGAACCUUGAAAGGGAGUGUGUAGAAGAGACUUGCUCAUAUGAAGAGGCCCGAGAAGUCUUUGAAGAUAUCGACAAAACGAAUGAAUUCUGGAAUAAAUACAAAGAUGGUGACCAGUGUGAGAGCAGUCCCUGUCAGAAUCAGGGCAAAUGUCGGGAUGGCCUUGGGGAAUACACCUGCACCUGCUUGGAAGGAUUCGAAGGCAGAAACUGUGAAAUAUCCAUCCGGAAACUCUGCAGCUUGGACAAUGGGGAUUGUGACCAGUUCUGCAGUGAAGAGCGGAAAUCGGUGGUGUGUUCCUGUGCCACUGGGUACACCCUGGGUGACAAUGGCAAGUCCUGCAUCUCCACAGAGCCUUUCCCCUGUGGGAAACAAACCAACGGACGAAGUAAGAGGUCCCUGGCACAGGAUGACAACAAUGGCAGUCUCCCAGCAAACUCCACACUGGAACAGGAAGUGGAUGGUGGCUUUGCUCCGACAGACAAUCCCUUCAACCCACUCGAUGUAAAUCAGACGGACACUCAAGAGGAUUCCAGCCACCUCAUUCGGAUAGUGGGCGGAAGGGAUUGUAAAGAUGGAGAGUGUCCUUGGCAGGCACUACUCAUAAAUGAGGAAAAUGAAGGGUUUUGUGGAGGAACCAUUCUGAAUGAAUACUACAUCCUCACUGCGGCUCACUGUCUCCAGCAAGCCAAAAGAUUCAAGGUGAGAGUAGGUGAUCUGAACACUGAAAAGGAGGAAGGCAAUGAAAUGGCACACGAUGUGGAGCUGAUAAUAAAACACAACAAAUUUGUCCAAGAAACCUAUGACUUUGACAUCGCCGUCAUAAAACUGAAGACGCCCAUCACAUUCCGGAUGAACGUGGCUCCUGCCUGCCUACCGGAGAAGGACUGGGCUGAAUCUACACUGAUGACUCAGAAAACAGGGAUUAUCAGUGGGUUCGGGAAGACUCAUGAGAAGGCUCGCCCGUCCACCACCCUCAAAAUGCUAGAAGUGCCCUAUGUGGACCGAAACACCUGCAAACUGUCGAGUAGUUUUACAAUCACUCAGAACAUGUUCUGCGCAGGCUACGACACGAAACCUAAAGACGCCUGUCAGGGAGACAGUGGGGGUCCUCAUGUCACUCGAUUCAGAGAUGUCUAUUUUGUCACUGGGAUAGUCAGCUGGGGAGAAGGAUGCGCCAGGAAAGGCAAAUAUGGCAUCUAUACCAAAGUCAGCUCCUUCCUCAAGUGGAUAGACAGGUCCAUGAAAGCCAGGCCUGGCGUCCAGCCACAGGCUCCGUCCACUUGA